AUGUCUAUAAGGGAUGAAGAAGAAGUGGAAUUUUCUAUUGAGGCAGGGGACAACUCAGACAGUCUGACUGAAACUCCCUACAUUCUGGUUGGCAAACUCCUUAUAGAAAAGACAACUCGCUUCAACUUCUUCAGAGAUACCAUGGCCUCAGUAUGGAGACCAAAGAAAGGCAUGAUGGCAAGAGAAGUUUCCUCCAACCUAUACCUCUUCUACUUUGUCCAUGAAAUCGAUAUCAACAAAGUGCUCAACAAUGGACCUUGGUCCUAUGACCAAAGCCUGCUCCUUCUCAAGCAAAUUGAACCAAACACAUCCCCUCAUGGAAUCCUCCUCACCCACGCCGACUUCUGGGUCCAGGCGUACAACAUUCCAUCUGGUAUGCAAACCACCAAAACAGCAGAAAUGAUUAGUGCCUACCUUGGUAUGUUCAUAACGGCAGAUGUUGAUGUCCUCGGAGGUCUCUGGAAAGAUUUCCUACGUGUCAGGGCUCGGAUCGACAUCUCAAAACCUCUCAGAAGGAAGAUGAAUGUUAAACCCGCAACCGGUGACCCCUUCUACAUUGACUUCAAAUACGAAUGGCUACCAACCUUUUGCUUCCUCUUUGGUAUAAUCGGCCACAACGAAAAUGAUUGUGAUAUUCUCUUUGAAUCAAAUGCUGGGAAGGUGGAACGGAACUACAACCCUUAG